GAUUUAUGAUUGGCUACUUGGGCUAUUGUAAAGGGGUAGAACCAAAAACUCAGUGUGAGAGACUGGCAGGAACCGAGUCUCCAGUGAGGGAGGAGCCAGGAGAGGACUUCCCUGCAGCACGUCGCUUAUAUUGGGAUGACCUGAAGAGAAAGUUGUCGGAGAAACUGGACAGCACAGACUUCACCGGCACCAUCAAGCUGCUGAAUGAAAAUUCAUAUGUCCCUCGUGAGGCUGGAUCUCAAAAAGAUGAAAAUCUUGCGUUGUAUGUUGAAAAUCAAUUUCGUGAAUUUAAACUCAGCAAAGUCUGGCGUGAUCAACAUUUUGUUAAGAUUCAGGUCAAAGACAGCGCUCAAAACUCGGUGAUCAUAGUUGAUAAGAACGGUAGCCUUGUUUACCUGGUGGAGAAUCCUGGGGGUUAUGUGGCGUAUAGUAAGGCUGCAACAGUUACUGUAAGUAAGGCAAAACAGUGCAUGAGACUCUUCCCUAUUGAAUCAUUCAAAACUCAUCUUUUCUGUUCUUAGGAGUUAUAAAUUUACCUGUAAAAUGUAAAUGAUCAUGAGAUAUUUUGGUUUUCAACCCUCUAAUGACACAGUCAACAUGCAUUGUCUUCUCUCUCUAAUCACUUUCCCCAUGUCCUGUUUUAUUUUUUCUUUAUAGUACUGCUAGCAGCUGACAUUAUCUAUGCCUUUGUUUCCAUUAGAAUGUGAGCCAGAUGAAGAACCAUGGGUUAGUUCUAUUUACUGCCAUGUUGCAGAGCUUUGGAGAAUGGCUGACAUACAUAGUAGUAUUUGCUAAACAAAUGCAUAUCCUCCCUGUGGGGACAGAUGUAAAUAUCCAUCUUGGCUGGGGCCUAGUCUUAGCUUGAUUCGUUAAUGCUUGAUCUUUUUCUAUUUUUGUUUUGAGACAGGGUGUCACUCUAUUGCGCCAUUGCACUCCAGCCUGAGCAACAAAAGCGAACUUCCAUCUCAAAAAAAAAAAAAAUCACAUUUGUAAGUCAGGCUCUGGUGGAUACCUUUGUAAGUCAGGGGCAUCUCUAGUGGAUACCUUUCGGGGCUGGUGCAGUUCUGUGUUGAUUCCUUGCCUUUCUGGAUACUUGUGCUUUAUCCCUUUGCCUGGCUGCCUAUAAGCCAGGAGUUUAGAGGUGGGUAGGUUGUUCUGUUAAAGAACAUUGAAGAUUUUUGUUCAACUUCAAGCUUUCUGUAUUGAGGGCUUGGUUGUUAGUGUCAGUUUAUGGCUGUUCAUCUGGACUCUUAUGAGCUUAGGAACAUCAUGACACAUCUAAAGUUGGUGUAUGCAAGUCACUUUGUUGUAAUAGAUGGUGUUUUAAUUUUGGGACAGAUUUAUUAUCAGACCUUUCAGUUAAAACCUAUUUCUAUGAUGUCCUCAAGGCUAAGAUUGUUCCAGGCCUCCAGUCCCAUGACCAGCCUACAUAGGCCUCUUUAAUCUAAAUGCCCUUCAGAUGAAAGGCAGCAUGGGAUAAAAGCAUGAAAGACAUAGGAGGCCAAAAAUCUUGAUUUUAUUCCAAUAGCUCUGACCUAAAAGUUGUAAAGUUUUUUAGAACUCAUGUCUUUUUUAGGCCUUGGCCUCCUUUUAUCUCUUACUUGGGUUGCCUGUCUUAGGUUUGAUCUAUAACACUCUUCUGUCUCAAGAUUUUAGAGCUGUUCCGAUACCAUAAUGCUCAUUAAAUCUAAUGUCUUUGUUCUAGGGUAAACUGGUCCAUGCUAAUUUUGGUACUAAAAAAGAUUUUGAGGAUUUACACACUCCUGUGAAUGGAUCUAUAGUGAUUGUCAGAGCAGGGAAAAUCACCUUUGCAGAAAAGGUUGCAAAUGCUGAAAGCUUAAAUGCAAUUGGUGUGUUGAUAUACAUGGACCAGACUAAAUUUCCCAUUGUUAACGCAGAACUUUCAUUCUUUGGACAUGCUCAUCUGGGGACAGGUGACCCUUACACACCUGGAUUCCCUUCCUUCAAUCACACUCAGUUUCCACCAUCUCGGUCAUCAGGAUUGCCUAAUAUACCUGUCCAGACAGUCUCCAGAGCUGCUGCAGAAAAGCUGUUUGGGAAUAUGGAAGGAGACUGUCCCUCUGACUGGAAAACAGACUCUACAUGUAGGAUGGUAACCUCAGAAAGCAAGAAUGUGAAGCUCACUGUGAGCAAUGUGCUGAAAGAGAUAAAAAUUCUUAACAUCUUUGGAGUUAUUAAAGGCUUUGUAGAACCAGAUCACUAUGUUGUAGUUGGGGCCCAGAGAGAUGCAUGGGGCCCUGGAGCUGCAAAAUCCGGUGUAGGCACAGCUCUCCUAUUGAAACUUGCCCAGAUGUUCUCAGAUAUGGUCUUAAAAGAUGGGUUUCAGCCCAGCAGAAGCAUUAUCUUUGCCAGUUGGAGUGCUGGAGACUUUGGAUCGGUUGGUGCCACUGAAUGGCUGGAGGGAUACCUUUCGUCCCUGCAUUUAAAGGCUUUCACUUACAUUAAUCUGGAUAAAGCGGUUCUUGGUACCAGCAACUUCAAGGUUUCUGCCAGCCCACUGUUGUAUACGCUUAUUGAGAAAACAAUGCAAAAUGUGAAGCAUCCGGUUACUGGGCAAUUUCUAUAUCAGGACAGCAACUGGGCCAGCAAAGUUGAGAAACUCACUUUAGACAAUGCUGCUUUCCCUUUCCUUGCAUAUUCUGGAAUCCCAGCAGUUUCUUUCUGUUUUUGCGAGGACACAGAUUAUCCUUAUUUGGGUACCACCAUGGACACCUAUAAGGAACUGAUUGAGAGGAUUCCUGAGUUGAACAAAGUGGCACGAGCAGCUGCAGAGGUCGCUGGUCAGUUCGUGAUUAAACUAACCCAUGAUGUUGAAUUGAACCUGGACUAUGAGAGGUACAACAGCCAACUGCUUUCAUUUGUGAGGGAUCUGAACCAAUACAGAGCAGACAUAAAGGAAAUGGGCCUGAGUUUACAGUGGCUGUAUUCUGCUCGUGGAGACUUCUUCCGUGCUACUUCCAGACUAACAACAGAUUUCGGGAAUGCUGAGAAAACAGACAGAUUUGUCAUGAAGAAACUCAAUGAUCGUGUCAUGAGAGUGGAGUAUCACUUCCUCUCUCCCUACGUAUCUCCAAAAGAGUCUCCUUUCCGACAUGUCUUCUGGGGCUCCGGCUCUCACACGCUGCCAGCUUUACUGGAGAACUUGAAACUGCGUAAACAAAAUAACGGUGCUUUUAAUGAAACGCUGUUCAGAAACCAGUUGGCUCUAGCUACUUGGACUAUUCAGGGAGCUGCAAAUGCCCUCUCUGGUGACGUUUGGGACAUUGACAAUGAGUUUUAAAUGUGAUACCCAUAGCUUCCAUGAGAACAGCAGGGUAGUCUGGUUUCUAGACUUGUGCUGAUCGUGCUAAAUUUUCAGUAGGGCUACAAAACCUGAUGUUAAAAUUCCAUCCCAUCAUCUUGGUACUACUAGAUGUCUUUAGGCAGCAGCUUUUAAUACAGGGUAGAUAACCUGUACUUCAAGUUAAAGUGAAUAACCACUUAAAAAAUGUCCAUGAUGGAAUAUUCCCCUAUCUCUAGAAUUUUAAGUGCUUUGUAAUGGGAACUGCCUCUUUCCUGUUGUUGUUAAUGAAAAUGUCAGAAACCAGUUAUGUGAAUGAUCUCUCUGAAUCCUAAGGGCUGGUCUCUGCUGAAGGUUGUAAGUGGUCGCUUACUUUGAGUGAUCCUCCAACUUCAUUUGAUGCUAAAUAGGAGAUACCAGGUUGAAAGACCUUCUCCAAAUGAGAUCUAAGCCUUUCCAUAAGGAAUGUAGCUGGUUUCCUCAUUCCUGAAAGAAACAGUUAACUUUCAGAAGAGAUGGGCUUGUUUUCUUGCCAAUGAGGUCUGAAAUGGAGGUCCUUCUGCUGGAUAAAAUGAGGUUCAACUGUUGAUUGCAGGAAUAAGGCCUUAAUAUGUUAACCUCAGUGUCAUUUAUGAAAAGAGGGGACCAGAAGCCAAAGACUUAGUAUAUUUUCUUUUCCUCUGUCCCUUCCCCCAUAAGCCUCCAUUUAGUUCUUUGUUAUUUUUGUUUCUUCCAAAGCACAUUGAAAGAGAACCAGUUUCAGGUGUUUAGUUGCAGACUCAGUUUGUCAGACUUUAAAGAAUAAUAUGCUGCCAAAUUUUGGCCAAAGUGUUAAUCUUAGGGGAGAGCUUUCUGUCCUUUUGGCACUGAGAUAUUUAUUGUUUAUUUAUCAGUGACAGAGUUCACUAUAAAUGGUGUUUUUUUUAUAGAAUAUAAUUAUCGGAAGCAGUGCCUUCCAUAAUUAUGACAGUUAUACUGUCGGUUUUUUUUAAAUAAAAGCAGCAUCUGCUAAUAAAACCCAACAGAUACUGGAAGUUUUGCAUUUAUGGUCAACACUUAAGGGUUUUAGAAACAGCCGUCAGCCAAAUGUAAUUGAAUAAAGUUGAAGCUAAGAUUUAGAGAUGAAUUAAAUUUAAUUAGGGUUUGCUAAGAAGCGAGCGCUGACCAGAUAAGAAUGCUAGUUUUCCUAAAUGCAAUGAAUUGUGACCAAGUUAUAAAUAAAUGUCACUUAAAGGCUGUGGUAGUACUCCUGCAAAAUUUUAUAGCUCAGUUUAUCCAAGGUGUAACUCUAAUUCCCAUUUUGCAAAAUUUCCAGUACCUUUGUCACAAUCCUAACACAUUAUCGGGAGCAGUGUCUUCCAUAAUGUAUAAAGAACAAGGUAGUUUUUACCUACCACAGUGUCUGUAUCGGAGACAGUGAUCUCCAUAUGUUACACUAAGGGUGUAAGUAAUUAUCGGGAACAGUGUUUCCCAUAAUUUUCUUCAUGCAAUGACAUCUUCAAAGCUUGAAGAUCGUUAGUAUCUAACAUGUAUCCCAACUCCUAUAAUUCCCUAUCUUUUAGUUUUAGUUGCAGAAACAUUUUGUGGUCAUUAAGCAUUUGGUGGGUAAAUUCAACCACUGUAAAAUGAAAUUACUACAAAAUUUGAAAUUUAGCUUGGGUUUUUGUUACCUUUAUGGUUUCUCCAGGUCCUCUACUUAAUGAGAUAGUAGCAUACAUUUAUAAUGUUUGCUAUUGACAAGUCAUUUUAACUUUAUCACAUUAUUUGCAUGUUACCUCCUAUAAACUUAGUGCGGACAAGUUUUAAUCCAGAAUUGACCUUUUGACUUAAAGCAGGGGGACUUUGUAUAGAAGGUUUGGGGGGUGUGGGGAAGGAGAGUCCCCUGAAGGUCUGACACGUCUGCCUACCCAUUCGUGGUGAUCAAUUAAAUGUAGGUAUGAAUAAGUUCGAAGCUCCGUGAGUGAACCAUCAUUAUAAACGUGAUGAUCAGCUGUUUGUCAUAGGGCAGUUGGAAACGGCCUCCUAGGAAAAAGUUCAUAGGGUCUCUUCAGGUUCUUAGUGUCACUUACCUAGAUUUACAGCCUCACUUGAAUGUGUCACUACUCACAGUCUCUUUAAUCUUCAGUUUUAUCUUUAAUCUCCUCUUUUAUCUUGGACUGACAUUUAGCGUAGCUAAGUGAAAAGGUCAUAGCUGAGAUUCCUGGUUCGGGUGUUACGCACACGUACUUAAAUGAAAGCAUGUGGCAUGUUCAUCGUAUAACACAGUAUGAAUACAGGGCAUGCAUUUUGCAGCAGUGAGUCUCUUCAGAAAACCCUUUUCUACAGUUAGGGUUGAGUUACUUCCUGUCAAGCCAGUACGUGCUAACAGGCUCAAUAUUCCUGAAUGAAAUAUCAGACUAGUGACAAGCUCCUGGUCUUGAGAUGUCUUCUCGUUAAGGAGAUGGGCCUUUUGGAGGUAAAGGAUAAGAUGAAUGAGUUCUGUCAUGAUUCACUAUUCUAGAACUUGCAUGACCUUUACUGUGUUAGCUCUUUGAAUGUUCUUGAAAUUUUAGACUUUCUUUGUAAACAAAUGAUAUGUCCUUAUCAUUGUAUAAAAGCUGUUAUGUGCAACAGUGUGGAGAUUCCUUGUCUGAUUUAAUAAAAUACUUAAACACUGA